UGAGUCGGGAGUGGAGGCGCAGUUGUGCACCGUGCUGGAAUCACCUUCUCUCGCUUUCAGCUUGAAUCGCUUCCUUAACAAAGAUCUUCUCGGCUGCUGGGGGCUCCUUGAAGAAAUAGUCAGAAGAGUCCGUUCCGCCCGGAGCCGCCCUUUCUCCGGGAGCGCGGCAAGACGUCGGACCACCCACCCCGCUCCGCCUGGGGUCCUCCGGCAGGAUCACGUGACCAGUCGGUCACGCCCCAAACCCACAGCCGCACAGCGCCACCUGAGCGGUUAAACCCGACCCCCUCCUUAACAGCAAGGAGCAACAGCCUGGCACGGCCAUUCUUCACAUUCCCGUCUCUAUCCGCUUCCUCUGUAAACGAGACGAGGCUCCUGAUUGGACGGGACAGAAGCGAGGCCCGGCCACCGCGGAUGGAACUCGUCCGAAUGGCGAGAGUCGAUGACCGUCCGUCAGAUGGUGCCUGAACUCUGCCGGAUCCGCGAGGACGUACUUGUGAACACGAGGACAGGAAGUUUCAGGUGAUUCACAAACCCUUGAUGAACUCUGAAGAUGGAUAAUAUCUGGAAAAUAUCUGCAUCCUGGAACGUACAUAACUGACGCACACUUGAUACGUGAGAGUAGGAAUCGGACCUCCUGCUGGGUGGAACGCUCUAAAUAGGAGGCAGAGCCAAGGCAAUGGGAUCAACAGGGGUUAGGUUGCCACCCCUGCUGUUGCUGUUGGUGUUGCUGGUGGACAUGGCCAACAUGAGGCGGGGUUCCCUGGUGAAGGUGAAUAGGGGUCUGAAGGUUAAGAGAGGCCAGGAGGCAUUCCUGCAAGAAGAAGACUUGCGCUUCCACGUGCUCCAGGAGAGAGACACCUGCAAAGUGGAGGUGGUCCUCAAUGAGCCCAUCACACAACGGGUGGGGUCACUCACACCCCAGGUCUUUGAUUGCCACUUCUUGACGGAUGAGGUGAAGUACGUUCAUAAUGGCUGCCCGAUCCUCAAAGAAGACAGGAUUAUGCUUCGGUUGUACAGGUUCACAGAGAUGGAAACGUAUACAGAGAUCUUCUUCCUGCACGUGGAGAUCCAGGAGCCUGACUGUAACAUCAUCCACUUGGGGCCCAGAACCUUGGAGGUGCCUGAGUUCUACAGUGUGUCAGACAAGCUGAAUGGAAAUGUCUUGUCCUUUCACUACGAGCGACGACACAACCUGGAGUGCAAUGUGCGGAUAGCUACGCACGAUACCCACCUUCCUGCCCACGGGCACCUGGUCACCGGUGAGCCUGAAAAGCUGGAGCCUCGAGGAGAUGAACCACACAGCUUCAUACUCCUCCAGCAGCAGCUAAUGAACAAAGCCAGAGCAAAGUGUAAAGAGGCAGCUUGCCUGAAGGGAAUGAAACUGGUACAAACGCUGAAGGUGCCAUGUGAGGACUUCCUGCUAAUGGGUCUGAGGUACCAGCACACAAACCCUCCCUCACCAGAUGUUGACUACAUCGCCAUAAGAGUGGACCUCACAGAUACAAGGAGCAGGAGCAUAUACAGGUCAGAGCGGGCUUGGAUUCCAGUGCGGAUCAAAAAUGCCAUCCCAAACCAGCCACCCAAGCUGGCCUUUAUGUCUACGUUCAUCUUGGAGGUGGACCAGUUUAUCCUCACCCCUUUCAGCACUGCUGUCAUUGAUGCUGAGGAUGGGGAGACCCCCAAGUCCCUGCUGGUGUUCAACAUCAGCAAGCCCCCUCAGGAAGGAUUCAUCACCCACCUCUCUGACCACACUAAGCCCAUUACCUCCUUCCUCUGGGAGGACCUCAAUGACAUGCAAAUCGCCUACCAGCCCCCCAACUGCAGUCACACACAACGUAGGAACUACGAGGUGGAGUUUGAAGUCCAUGAUUUCUACUUUGUGAAGAGCACCCCAGUCGUGGUUCACAUAUCAGUCAGGACUGCCGACACUAAUGCACCUCGAGUGUCUUGGAACAUGGGCCUCAGUCUGCUGGAAGGUCAGUCGCGUCCUAUCACAUGGGACCAGCUGCAGAUUGCAGAUAACAACAACCUGAAAUCAGUACGCAUCAUCGUUGUUGAUGGGCUACAGCAUGGAAGACUCACGGUUAGAGGUGGUAAGGGCUUCAUGUUCACUGUGAAUGACAUCAAGGCUGGCGUGGUCCGCUACCACCAUGAUGACAGCGACACCACCAAAGACUUUGUGGUCUUCCGGAUCACUGAUGGCUCACACCAAACGCGACACAAGUUUCCCAUUACCAUCCUCCCGAAAGACGACAGUCCACCUUUCCUCAUCACCAACACGGUGCUCGAGCUGGAAGAGGGCAAUACUGCCUUGCUGCGGGGGUCUGUACUGCAGGCUUCCGAUAUGGACUCCAGUGACGACUAUAUUUUGUUCAACAUCACUCGUUCUCCCCAAGAUGGAGAAAUCAUGAAAAUACCAGGCCCUGGAAUCACCGGUUAUCCUGUCACCCGCUUCCUGCAGAGAGAUCUGUUCCACUCCAUCAUUUAUUACCGCCACCUGGGAAAUGAGGUCUUUGAGGACUCCUUUGAGGUGGUUCUCUCAGAUUUUCAUGACCCUCCCAAUCUUUCAGAGCCUCAGGUUAUUGUUGUCCACAUUACUCCUGUCCACGAUCAAUUACCGAAGGAGGCACCUGGGGUUACUCGACAACUGAUCGUUAAGGAGACAGAUGUAGUCCACCUAACUAAGAAGCAGCUCCAUUUUAUUGACCUCGAGUCACCUGACAGUGAGUUGACAUACACUGUGACCAGUCCUCCCUUCUACAUUAGCAGUCAUGGGAAAAGUGACGCUGGAAGGUUGUUCUUGGUUGACAGCAUUCCCAAAUUUGCCAAAGACCCCAGUGCACCCAUUUUAAGGCUGUUCACACAGCAAGCAGUGAACUACAUGAAGGUGGCCUACAUGCCACCCAUUGAGGACAUUGGCAUCCACCCCCAGCACAUCCAGUUUGUGCUCUCUGUCACAAACCAGCAGGGUGGCACCCUUGUCGGGAUCUGCUUCAACAUCACUGUGCUCCCUGUAGACAACCAGGCCCCUCAGGUCCACACCAGCCCCUUAGCUGUGGAAGAGGGUGGAGAUUGUCCACUGGACUUGGAUCACUUACGGGUGACAGACCCGGAUUCGCCAAAGAAUGCCCUGUGGGUGGAGUUAAAGGUGGAGCCCCAGCACGGUCACCUCUAUCUGGAUGGAUCUGCCAUAAGGCCAGGGCAGACCUUCACACUGCAGGACAUGAAUGGCCAAACAGUUAGAUAUCACCAUGAUGGCUCUGAGACAGAUCAGGAUGACAUUGUUUUCAUGGCUACUGAUGGGAUCAACACUUCUGACUUCAUUCUGCACGUUGAGGUGGCGCUAGUCAAUGAUGAGGUUCCAGUUAUCAUGCCAGGCCUGAAGCCUACGCUGGAUUGUGCCGAGGGACAGGAAGUGGUUAUUACCACGGAGUAUCUCCAGGCCACAGACAAGGAUAGUGACGACAGUGAACUGAUUUACAUGAUUGCUCGACAACCCUAUUAUGGAGUGGUGUGUAAGAAUGGCAUUGUGGUGGACCGCUUUGUCCAGGCGGAUGUGGUCACAGGGUCCAUUACCUAUAAGCACACAGGACAGGAAAUCGGACUGACCCCUCGCUAUGACAUCAUCACAUUCGUCAUCUCAGACGAAGAGGCAGUGAAUCUCCCAGCAUGCACCUCCAGUGGCGGGCCAGCUGCCCAUCUCCAGAAAGCCGUGCCUGUCUAUGACCUCAAUGUCACUGUUUUUCCUGUGGACAGCCAAGCCCCCUCACUUGUCAUUGGAGAGCUCUUUGUGGUAGAUGAAGGGGGUUUCGCCUCCAUCACCACAGCACACCUGAUUGCGUCCGACGUCGACACCCCCGUUGGGGAGCUGGGGCUCAUCUUGGUAUCCCCCCCACAGUUUGGCUACAUUGAAAACAUCUUGCCCAGUCCAGGGUUUGAGAAGAGUAACAUGGGGAUCAGCAUUGGCUCCUUCACCUACAGAGAUGUGAAAAGCAGCUACAUCAACUACGUGCAGUCAAGGCACCAGAGACUGGAGCCAACAGCAGACCAGUUCAUGAUCAGAGUGUCCGAUGGCAAGCGGAGCUCCCCUGACACUCCUUUCUACAUCAUCAUCAGCCCCACCAACGAUGAGGUUCCCGACUUCCUUGCCAGGAACAUCACGGUGAGUGAGGGACAGAUGAGGGAACUGGACCCAUCUAUCCUCGAUGCGGUGGAUCUAGAUGUCCCGCGAGACCACAUGGUGUUUAGCAUCAUUGAGUCUCCAAAGCACGGAGCGAUCAUGGGCAAGCCCCAUGUGAAUGAUGUCAACCAUCCCAGAACCCUCCGUCCCGGAAAUCCAAACACUGGGGUUGAGAUGAAGGAUUUCACCUUGGAUGAGUUGAGGAACGGGGUAACGGUCAUGUAUGUGCAUGACGACUCGGAGAGUCUGCAUGACAGCUUCACCAUCCAGGUGUCAGAUGGGAAGCACCGGCUGCAAAAGCGGGUGGAGGUCACAGUUCUGCCCGUCAAUGAUGAGGCACCUCGUGUCACAAGAAACAUGGGGAUAGAGGUGGAGAUGGGCGAAUCAAGGCUGAUCUCCGGCGCUGUCCUCUCAGCCCAGGAUGAGGAUACUCAUCUCCAGAAUGUCCUCUAUGUGUUUGAGAGCAUUCCCACCCAGGGACUUCUGCAGAUAAAGGUGGGCCUUGACUGGGUGACACUCGGAAAGGGGGCGAACUGCUCCCAGGAGACUGUGGAUGCCAACCUUUUCAGGUACCUUCACACUGGCUCCACUGGGCCUCAGGAAGCCACAGGGCUCCAAAACCAGGACUUCUUCGUCUUCCAUGUGGAGGAUGGGGCAAACCGCUCACCCACACAGAACUUCCAGGUGACACUGAAAACCAUGGAAAAGGGGGACAUUGCAGUGUUCUCCAAACCGGUCCUUGUCACCCGGGGGGGCCGUGUGGUGCUGACCACAGACAUCCUCCUGGCAGUGGAUGGCACAGACCACCCGGAGGAGCUGCUCUACGUGGUCAUGGAGGGCCCAGCCCACGGACACAUGGAGUACGCCCAUCAUCCUGGCACGCCCAUCACCUCCUUUAGCCAGAUGGAUGUGGCCGCCAACCUGGUGUGCUACGUCCACAGCAAGUGGGCCACGUCUCCAAGGGAGAUGCUGUGGUUCAUGAUCAGCAAUGGGCAUUCCUCCCGCAACGGAACAUUGGAGAUCGCUGUGGAGACAGCUGACCGGGAACUGCCUUCCUUACAACACAAUGGUGGCCUGUGGGUUCCCCAGGGAUCCACCACAGUGCUGUCCCCUGACGUGCUCACCCUGUCUGACCCUGACACCCCACCGGAUAGCCUCCUCUUCCUGCUGGUCCAGCCGCCACACUACGGAGAGUUACUCCUGAAGGGGGCGCCCCUAUACAGGGGAAACUUUACCCAGCAGCACCUCCUUGAUCUGGACGUGGCCUACAGACACGCAGGCAGCUCGGCACAGAUCGACCGCUUCUCCUUCAUCGCAUCUGAUGGCACUAACCAGGGGUUCCUGCUGGAGGGGAAGCUGCAGACACAACCAGUCUUCUUCACCAUCCAGGUGGAGCCCCUGGACAGCCCUGCCCCCCAGAUAAUUCAGCUGCAGGCUGCUUGGAGGGCAGAGCUGCUGAAGGAUGGCCGCUACGGCAUAUUCGUCUCAUCUCGGGAGCUGAGAGCGAGGGAAGCAGGUGGCCGCAACGAAAACAUCACCUUCCAGAUCAUCCGAGGACCAAGCUUCGGCCACCUGGAGAACGCCUCCACAGGCCAGUUUAUCCGCCACGGCUUCACCCAGAGAGACCUGAGCAGGAGGAUAGUCCUGUAUGUCAUCAGCCUGGAGAGUGAGGCUCUGUCUGACAGCCUGCAGUUUCAGGUCCUCAGCCCCCUUAGGAACCACAGCCUGCCACACAUACUGGAAUUCCACUGGGCCAGCGUGGAGUUCUCCCAAACGAAGUUCAGCGUGUGUGAGGAGGAGGGAAGACUAUCGCUGACCGUACUGAGGAGAGGAAACUGUGCCGAGUCCUCCUACGUGACCGUCAAGGUUAAAGAAAUCACAGCUUCCUCUGGGGCAGAUUUCAUCCCGAGUCCCGCAAGUUUAAUUCAGUUUGAUCCUGGAGUGUCCUUCAGAACCUGGUGGGUGGAGAUUACCGAAGACCAACUGGAAGAGGCAGAGGAGAUCUUCACGGUGUCCCUGGUGUCACCCAAAGGCGUCGUACUAGGCCACCGUGACAACGCGCUUGUGACCAUUCUCGAUUCAGGGACAGGCCAGUGCCGCACCGGUCGUAGAGUACAGCAGGUCCCUCCCUACCAUGGGGCUAUCCAGUUGGAGACCCUGCCCUUCGUCCGGGGUGACGCACUACCCGUCGUGCAGCAGGAAACCCCCUUCAGCCACAGGAGACUGAGGCCUGUGGGAAAUGGAAGGACGGUCCAAGCGUCUGUGGUUCAGCGAAAUGGAUCCAAUGUUGUUUUCACAUAUCAUGGCAUGGUGUCACUGCGAGUUCAGGACGACUCCUCUCCGUCCCAGCUGGCACGUUUGUCCCAGGUGAGGGUGACCGGCAGAGGGAAGGAGAGACCAGCUUCUGCUUCCGUGAGAGAGAAUGCAGCGCUGGGAGCAGAACCUAGGGAUGCCCCAUUCAUCAAACAGGACAGGGCAAGUCACUGGAUCCCCAGAGCAUGUGGCCCUGGGGACACAGACCUGCUACACUACAACCGCAGCUCUGGCCAGAUCUGGCACUGCAAUGGGGUCUCCUGGAAGCCGUGGACCCCCAGAGACCAGCAGCAAGACAAGUGCCCUCAAGGGUGGACGUUCCACAGGGAGCGCUGCUACGUCCUGAGCAAGGGUCGGAGAGUCACGUGGAGCGGUGCUGUGCGGGCCUGCAGGGAGAUUUAUCGCGGCACCCUGGUCAGCAUUCGGUCAAAAUCGGACAUGGGAUGGCUGUGGGACUUCGGUGGACAGAGGCCCUUCUGGAUCGGCCUGAACGACCGGGAGAACCGAGGCCGGUGGGAGUGGGUCGGGGGUGAGCCGGUGACCUACACUAACUGGCGGGGACGUUCCCCCCGUGUGAAGAGGAAGGGGGGGACCAGGAGGUGCGUGCUGGUGCAGCAGCGAGCCAAGUGGAACAUGCGGGAUUGUGAGAGGGGGAAGGAGCACCGCUUUGUGUGCCACACGCGGACGUGAGCUGCCGCGUGUCAUCCGGCGAUCCGCAGGCGGCGCCGCUAACCACAAAACCAGAGCCGGAUACCGUGACCCCGAUGGCCUGCGUAGGAACCACGCAACGGGUCACCGCUGAGGAACACAAACAGGGAAUAGCCAAGAAGUACACCCUGCUGGGGUUGGAAAUACAGUCGUGAUCAGAUAUAAACCUAUAAAUAGUCCAUUUUACGUGGAACCUUUUGUCAAAUGUGUAAUUUUGCGAUUUUUCUGUCAUAUUAUAAGGAACUUCUCAGUUCUUUUAUUAUGUAUUUAUUUUUGGAGAGCUUUUUUCACCCAAACCUUUCAGGAACUUGUGAAGUCAGAGGUGGCCCCAUGGGGUAAUGCAGUGUAUUAUGUUCUGGCCUUUAUGACACAGUACAGCCAGGUGUGUGAGGUGAGUGAACUGACAAUGAUUACAUGACCACCCACGUAAGAGGGUUUGUCCCAAAUAUUAAAUUGUACGGGCUGCGGUCUCAUCCACCCCCACCAGUGGGGACGUAUUGAGCGCUACCUGGCAGGACAGCUCUGUCCCCACGGUGGUCACUCGACGAGUGGUCUGGUCUUUCGGGAACAAAAAGCCCACCGUGCAGAUGACCUCAGGUUCCUUUAUACGGGAGGUGCUACACUCUAUUGUAUUACACAUUAAUAUAAUAGGCAACAUUGUAUUAUUCAAUGAAUGUACCCAUGCAUAUAUACUGUAUGUGACAUUUAAUACUGUGCAAAGCACAUGAUAAAUUUUUCAAGUAAAUUUGUGCACAACGGUCUUUUGUUGCAUAAAUUCAUGUUAGAGGUAAGGAGUAACGUGCCUUUAUGCUCAUGUCACUUGGAAGAUUUUAACACAUUUUAACGCAAUGGCAGGCACUUAAACGAUGAAAUUAUAUACCUAAAAUAUACAUUUCAGUUUUCAUUUUUCCUUUAUACUGCCUAUGAAUCAGGAAAGUCCACAUUCCUUACUAAAGUAGACUACACAAACUGAUUUCCCUCUCCAUUUAAAUACAGUUUCUUUAAACUGUACUGUACUAAUUACUAUGCACAAUGUUAAAUGCAGAUGUUAGUUGGCAUAUUUAUCCAAUGUCUUGAGAUCAGACUGUAGAGGUGGCAGCUGGUGUGACACUCAUCCUCCUGGACAGCACAGAGAUGGUGACAAAAAGAGUAGUUGGUCCAAAAAG